GGGUGAAACUAAACUGCCCCUCCACUGAGAGUGAGAGAGGCAAUGCCACGCACCGAUUGCCCCGUGAAACCUGACGCAGUGCAGUAUCAGCAUGAUACGCAACUUGACCAGACCAUACAGCACAGCAGACCAUCCACUUUCCCAAACCAGCUGUAUCCACAAUCAACGGCCCGCAAUCGCUUCUCCCCAUUACACCUGACAAAUCAACGCUCCAUAUUCUCCCAACAUCAACUCUCGUGUCAGUUUGUUGUCAGUCCCUUCUGCCUCGGAUUGCUCCACCCUCACCCACUCUCCCCUCAGGUUCCUUAUUCUCUCUAUCUCUCUGUUAACGGUUCUGCGGAGUGGUUUUGUUCGGAACUCUGAUCGUGGAAUGUUAGGGAUUUUACGAGAUGGAGAGCCCAUGGGAGAGGAAAUGUGAUUCGCCGCUUCAGCCGUCGACGUCCGCCACAGUUCUGUCUGCACCGCCGCCGGAGACGAAGGAGAUAAACACAAGCUAUUGUCUUUAUCCACAAGUUGCUCAUGGUUUAAGAUCAAAAUUUGUUGGAGGGAAGCAAGGCCAUGUUUACCAAAGCUUUCCCCACUCAACUGCCCAUGGAUCAGGCCAAGCCGAUACCAGAAAUUCAUUUCUGUCUCUCCUUUAUGGUCCUCCAUCCUUGUUACAGCAUGAGUUUCGGGAUUUAUCUGAUCGAAAGCUUUGCUUCUCAUCUGGUGAUUGUACUGCUGCUAUUGGGAAUUCUGUUGUUGGUUCCAUAGAAAGUGGAACCUUCCAAACUUCUGGUGUGGGGUUGAUGACAGAAAAUUUAAUUAACCAUAACCUGCAAAGUAGGGUGACUACUUUUCCUGAGAUUUCUUCCAGGGCAAUGGUUGGUCUGAAUAAUAGUAAUAAUUUUGUCUUCCACGAUAUUCAGAGUAGCAAUACUGCUAUUCAGCCCCCAAUUCCUGGUAGUGAGAAAGCUAGGGAGUCUUUUUCUUCUCCAGGUCAGUGCCAAGGUACAAUCCCGGCAUCUAGUCUAAAUGUUUGCUGCUCAGAUAUUCAAACUACACAAACUAUUGCUUUAGAACCAAGCUCAUCUAAGUAUGCAACUCCUUUUAUGAGUGGGUGUCCUCGUGUGUUCUGCAUGGGAAAAAGUGGCCAUCUUCUUCUUAGCAAUACAGGGCUUCUUGGUAUUGUUUGUUCAUGCCAUUGUUGCCACAUGUCUGUUCUUAAGUUUUGUGAGCAUUCAGGGUUACAUGGCAUUGACCCAGGGGAGGCUGUUCGUAUGGAAAGUGGGGAGACUAUUUCUCAAUGGCAGAAGCUAUACUUCUUGAAGUUUGGGAUUAGGUCUCUGGGGAAUGAGAAUGAAUGGGACUGGCCAGACGUAUUAUCAACAAGAGGAAGUCUGAUGAGAUCCAAUUCAUCUGCAUUUGAUAUGUCCAAGACUAAUUUGUCGCAUAUGUUGAGUUCGUCUGCAGUCAUGUCAAGAAAACAAGCGACAACAAUCCAGGAUGGUUGCAACAUUCCACUCAAAGGUUUUACUUGUAUUUCACAAAACAGCUUGUAUGAUCAGUUGAAAAACCAGUUAAUGGUGUCUAAUCUAGCUAUGUAUACAACUGCACCAAACUUCAUUGGAACUCAACUGGAUGAUGGUUGUCAGCCUAUACCUCCUUCCUUUGAUUCUCUAAAAAGGAAAAGAAAUUUGUCUAGUGCCCACUCUCCUUUGCAAACUUCAACAAGCCUUUUGAAAGACCAUGAUUGCAUCAAAAAGAAGAAUGCUAGUGAUGGUCUUGUAGGCAGGGAUGCAGCUUCUUCCAAUAUUGAUCUUAGGCUUGGUCAACCACCUCAGACAGGAAAUCCACUUCCAUCAUUUGUAGAGCCACCGCUUUUUAAUGCCCUUGCCAGUCCUCCUAAAUCACAACCUCUGAAGCAGAUGAUUACUAAUGCAGACCUCAGCAGGGAGGAGGAAUUACAGAAUAAUUUUAGCUAUGCUGCUGGUUCAAUCAAAAUGGUUGAAGAAAUGCCUCAGCUUAAACUCAAGAAAUAUAUGUCUGCUGUGGUUAAUGCUUCUGCUAGAGCUAGAUCAGAAACUAAAAAUGUGGCCAAGGGUUUAUCCUUUUCACCAUUUCUGCAAUUUGAUAAUCAAUAUGGGGGAAAGACAAAAACUAGUGAAAAUUUGUGGAAUGAUGGCAGCCCUAUCAUGCCCAAGAAACUGUAUUCUGAUUACGGCCACACAGGAAGACAAUCAACCAAUUCGGGCAUAAGGACCAAUAAAUGUUUGAACAAUGAUAAAGGGGUGAACUUUGCUAAAGACUCUGGUGUUAAAAUAAAUUCUGGUUUUGGUAUUGGUCAGUUAAUGAAAUACCCAAGCUCCAUCAAGAGAGCUGUUGGUGGUAGUGAUAUUUCGGUUGUUAAUGGAAAGAUACAUGAAUUGAAUCAUGAAUCAAGCUUGCCAUCAGAUACAUCUGUGUGUGCAGAUAUUUUGCGUGGUUCAAACAAUGUAUCUUUUCUUGGACAAGAAAAUCAUACUCCAGAAACAUCCAUUUCAUUUAAAGGGAUUUUGAAAGGCCUUUCCCAUCAUGUUUCAAGUUCUGUGUCAAAUCAGACUCCUACUUUGCCACAGCAGCAGCAGGGCAUUAAUAUGGAUUCUUGUUUGCUUGAUGAAAACUUGAGGUUGCUUGCAUUGACACAGAUACUGGAGUUAUCUAAACAACAGCAUGCAUUGUAUUUUAAUAAUAUGAAUCAGAAGCAAGGGGGAUCCAACAGUAUUUCAAAAGUCCAGCAUUAUAUGUAUGAGGCUUCAACAUCUGAGCAGGGAACUUCUGGUGCAACAUUGAAAUUGCUCCAAAAUAGGGGGAUUUAUGGGAAUCACGAGAGUACUGUUGGUUUAGAGAAACUAGCUUCCCUCACAGGUAUGAACAGCUAUUGUCAUUUGUCUGGCCUAUCACCAAGACCUUUACAUUCUAAAGAAAAGGAAUCACAAUGUAAUCAUUCUUAUGAUCUUCAAAAUGAAGAGACUUCUUUAAGCCUUGGUAUAAACAAAGACAAUACCAGAUCAAGUGUAUUUGAAAAAUGCUCUGAGCAACCAUCAAAUAUAUGUUUCGGAGGCAAGUACACUUGUGCUGCUCAGAUUAACUGUUGCAAGAGCAAUUUUUUCUCAGGAAUUGAACCCCUUUGUUAUAUCAUAAAGCAAAAACUUGCUAAUGCCAGUGGUGAAACUUCUUUGAAGAUGGCUUCAGAUUUGAGUAGAGAUAUGAAUAGUUUCAAGGGCGAAAAUAUUGAGCAAGGUGGGAAGUUAGAUGGCCAAGACUCGAUCAAAAUUGGCUUUCGUACACCUCAAUGGAGAGAUGUGCCAAGUAAGGUCAGGAAAGCAGUUUGUGAUGCAACAUCUUUAGGUCAGACAGCUACUGGUAUGGAUUGGGAAGGACAAGACAGUGUUCAACUUGGAAACAUUUCUAUGAAACGCUUCAAAAGAACUAUUGACAUGGGAGAUAUGUCAAAAGAGCAAGAAAAUUCUAAUGUUUCUUCUGGAUGCUCUGCUCCUGUGGUUACUCAGGCAUCUUUGGAGGUCAACAAAAUUGAACCCUGCAUGGGUGAUGCUGUAGACACUGGCUUUGUCAACAACCUUGUAGUUGAUGAAGGGUCAGGUAUUGAUAAAGGCUGGUCGUCAGAUUUGGUUGAAAAAAGUGAUGAGUUUCUAGGCUCAUCCUCUGGGAGUUGCUUGAAAAAUGAUUAUCUGAGAGUCUUAAAUGAUCAACCAUGUUGCAAUCUCCUUGAUGACCUUAAACUGUUAGAUUCCUUGAUAUGGAAGAAAGGAUGGAAUCAAAAUAAUUUUGUGCUUUCUUCUAAUUGUAAAAGCAAUCAAUCUCAAAAAGUCAAGAAGGGCCUUAAAGGAAAAAAGCGAAAGAGAAAUUUGGUGAGGAUUCUAGAUGCUUCAUUAUCUUCUGAAUUCCCUUCCUUAUUGCAUAAAAAGAAUGAAGAAGUUACUGGAAUAUGUAAUUCCUCUUCUAGUUGUUCAAAAGAAAUGCAAAUGCGCCCUUUAUCUAGCCUGCAAAAAUCAUCUAACAAGUCUUCCUUUGUUCAACCUAGUAACAAACAAAAACAUACUGCAUUUUCAUCCAAAUUUCUUUCUUGUAAGAAUCAUCUGAACAAGCAUCAAAGUUACAAAGUUGGCUACGAGUCAGAAUCAAGUUCUGAUGCUGAGUUUCGCACAUUGCCUGGAGUUUCUGGAUCAAAGAAAUUAAAAAAGGAUCUCACUUCUGAUUGUUUUGAGCAGUUUCAAAUGCAAGAACCAGCCUAUGAGGAACCUGAAAAUGAUAAGCUGAGGCCAUUCUCUUGCAGGAAGGAAAAUGCUCAUAGAAUCACAAGGCCAGUAGUAUGUGGAAAAUAUGGUGAAAUAUCUAGCGGGCAUUUGGCUAGAGAGGUGCAAAAACCAGUAAAAAUUGUCUCUCUCAGGAAGGUUCUUAAAUCUUCCAAAAGAUGUAGGGGUCAUACAAAUGGAAAGCCUAUACCAACUUCAAAAAAGAAAUGGAAGAGAUUGAGCAUUGGAACAAGUAGUGGACAUUGCUGUGGGAACCCUGGUUUAAAAAUUAAGGAACACAAUGAAACCCAAAAUGCAAUAUUUUUUAAUAAAACAAAUGUUGAUUUGUCCAUGGAAGAUUUGGAUAGAGGUGGCAAGCCACCUGUCGUUUACAAAGGGAAGAGAGAUGCCAAAGCUAAGCAGGGUAAUAGUGUUGGAAAUAGAGCUUAUGUUUCAUUGAAGGUGAAGAACAAGGAAAUUCGGAAACAGCGUAGCAUUACUGAACUCACUGCUAAAGAAACCAAAGUGAUGGAUAUGAUGAAUAGUGCUCAAGAUCAGGAGCCUGGUUUGUGUAGCACCGCAAGUAGAAACUCCAUUCAAGGUCACAUGAACAUAGCCACCAUAAAUUCAGAUGCUUUCUGCUGUGUGUGUCGAAGCUCAAGCAAUGAUAAAAUCAACUAUUUGUUGGAGUGUAGUCGAUGUCUGAUUAGAGUGCAUCAAGCGUGCUAUGGUGUUUCCUCAUUACCCAAAAAAAGUAGUUGGUGUUGCAGGCCAUGCCGAACAAACUCAAAAAAUAUUGUUUGUGUCCUAUGUGGUUAUGGAGGUGGAGCCAUGACUCGAGCAAUAAUGAGUCACACAAUUGUCAAGAGCCUCCUGAAAGUGUGGAAUGGUGAGAAAGAUGGCAUGCCAAAGAAUACAACUUCACAUGAAGUUUUUGAAAAGGAAAUAGAUGCAUUUCUAUCCUCAAAAGAUGGGCAAGAAGUUGAUCAAGAAAGUGUUUUGAAGCCCAAAAUUGUUGAUACAUCAACAGAUCUGAUGAAAGUUACCAAUCACAUACAACACACCCCAACCUCUGUUUCUAAUUUCAAGGUACAUAACAGUAUUACAGAAGCAGUUCUUGAUCCAACUGUUAAACAAUGGAUUCAUAUGGUUUGUGGUCUUUGGACUCCUGGAACAAGAUGCCCCAAUGUUGACACCAUGAGUGCUUUUGAUGUAUCUGGUGUUUCGCGUCCAAGAGCAGAUGUGGUUUGUUACAUUUGCAAUCGAUGGGGUGGUUCUUGUAUAGAGUGCAGGAUUGCUGAUUGCUCUAUCAAGUUUCAUCCUUGGUGUGCUCAUCAAAAGAACCUCUUGCAAAGUGAGACUGAAGGCAUUGAUGAUGAGAAGAUUGGAUUUUAUGGAAGAUGCACGCUUCAUAUUAUUGAACCUAGAUGUCUGCCCAUAUAUGAUCCUCUUGAUGAAAUUGGAAGUCAAGAAGAAAAGGAAUUCACCUGUGCCAGGGCAGAGGGUUACAAGGGCCGUAGGUGGGAUGGUUUUCAGAAUAAUCAGUGCCAAGGUGGAUGCCUUGUUCCUGAGGAGCAGCUAAAUGCUUGGAUUCACAUUAAUGGGCAGAAAUUAUGUUCACGGGGACUUCCAAAAUUCCCAGAUUUAGAUAUUGAGCAUGAUUGUCGAAAGGAAUAUGCUCGAUACAAACAAGCAAAGGGAUGGAAACACCUUGUUGUAUACAAGUCCCGUAUACAUGCUCUAGGUCUUUACACUUCUCGAUUCAUUUCCCGGGGUGAAAUGGUUGUUGAGUAUAUUGGUGAAAUUGUGGGGCUGCGUGUGGCUGAUAAAAGAGAGAAGGAAUAUCAAUCUGGAAGGAAACUUCAGUACAAGACUGCCUGCUACUUCUUCAGGAUAGACAAAGAGCAUAUUAUUGAUGCCACAAGGAAAGGGGGGAUUGCUCGAUUUGUGAACCACUCAUGCCUGCCAAAUUGCGUGGCAAAAGUGAUCACCGUAAGGCAUGAAAAGAAGGUUGUCUUCUUGGCAGAGAGGGACAUAUUUCCUGGUGAAGAGAUUACGUAUGAUUACCACUUUAAUCACGAAGACGAAGGAAAGAUUCCAUGUUACUGCAAUUCAAAAAAUUGCAGGCGCUAUAUGAACUAAUUGGCAGUUGUAAAUGAUAUAGGGUUUGUUGUAUAUUCGGUCCCCACGGGUAGUGCUCAUGACGCUGGGAAACAUUGUCUUUUUACCCAUUGGAAUUAGGGGUGGGGGAAUCCAUGUUAUUGCGAUGUGAACAGGGUGCAACUUUUAAGUUUGGGUAUAUAACUAGCAAGCGUUUGCAACGCAAUCAACAAGGUGUUUAGUUUUGUAGCCUUUUGUUAAACGAGCUUCCCCUUGGUUAUCAAAAUUUUCAUGUCUUGAA